AUUACAAAACACCAGGGAUACUGAAGAGUGUCCUCGUGUGGUUAUACACACAACCGCAGGAGUGGUCUGUGACAAACAACAGUAGAUGUGCUGGUGCUGAUGUCGGUCUGAUCCAGAUUGUAAACCUUGUUUUACUGUCUAUGGUAUAAACUCAGUGGACAGGACAACAGAUUGCUAGCAGCAAAGGUCAGAGGUCAUAUAUCUGCGUCACCAGCUGAGCGGGCGUCCACCAGUAUCAUGGCUCAUCUCGGAAGAUUUCUUUCAUUCGCAGUUUUAUUUGGAUUCGUGACGGCAGGGUUGCAUAAAAGAACAGCCCCUCUGUUCUUGGAGAAGUGGGAUGCGCUGAAUGUGAUUUCCCGGCAGAAGAGAAGCAACGCCGGUGACGAAGAGACCAAACUCCCCGCCAGCCUCGAGAGGGAGUGUCUAGAGGAGGUCUGCGAUUACGAGGAGGCCAGAGAAGUCUUCCAGGACAACUAUCGCACGGAUAUCUUCUGGUCGGUCUACAUCGAUGGUGACCAGUGUGCGGACCAUCCGUGCAAAAACGGAGCCAUGUGUUCAGAUAGUGUGGGAGGUUAUGACUGCAUCUGCAAAUCAGGCUUUGCAGGAAUCCACUGUGAGACCGAUAAGACGGUGUGUGUGAUAGACAAGAGCAAAGGCUGCAGUCAGUUCUGUAAGCCGGGCUAUCAGUCGUACGAGUGCUCGUGUGCUUACGGCUGGAGACUCAAGGAGAAGGAGAAGUGCGAGCCGGCGGUGUCGUUCCCGUGUGGGAAGUUGAGCAGCUCGAGCCAGUGGGACAGACGUCAGGUCGCCAACAUAAAGUCAGAGUAUGAGGGACUCGCAUGCGGCCCGGAGGAGUGUCCCUGGCAGGCGAUGCUGCGUCAGGGGUCGAGCGGUUUCUGCAGCGGGGUCGUGUUCAGGGAGAAUCUGGUCCUCACCUCAGCCCAGUGUGCGACAAAGUACAGCGAGUUCCAGGUGGCCGUGGGAAAGCGCCUGAGCUCGUUUGAAGCGGGAGAGCAGACGCUCCACGUGAAGCAGGUGCACAUCCACCCGCUGUACGCCGAGGGCCGGCCAGACAACGACCUGGCCGUGGUGGAGCUGAGGGGGAGGAUCGUCUUCAAGAAGCUGGUUCUCCCAGCGUGCCUUCCGGAGCGGGACUUUGCCGACAGCGUGCUCACAGCCGGAGACUACAUGGGGGUCGUCACUGGCUGGAAGGACGUGUCCGGAGACGCCGGCUUCGAGGGGAACCUCUGGCUGAACCACCUGUCCUACGACAAGCUGCCGGUCUGCUCCCAGCGCCACUCUGGACAGGUCACCAAUAAGAUGGCCUGUACGCUGCCUCGGUCUAAAGCGGAUUGUGUGUUUGGAUCCGGCAGUCCUGUGGUCACACUGUACCGGGAGGUGUUCUUCCUCACCGGCAUCAUCAGCCGGCCCCCGGGAGCCGACUGCAGGAGCGGAUACGUCCUGCAGAAAGUGUCCCGCUUCCUGCCAUGGCUCAACUCCUUCAUGACGGCCUAACCAGAGAGUAACCACGCUUCACCCGGGUUCAUAUUACCAGUGGAACGGUAGCACUUUAUUUUACAGUGUCUGUUCUACAAAUAUAGUAAUAACAGUAAAUUAUGCAUAAUUACAUGCAACCAAAUCAUAAUCCUAACUAGUAAGUACAUGUAAAUUAAUAUUACUCAGUUCUUCACCCUCAUCCUUCCCUCGCGUCCUGUAACACAUCUUUCACUCGCGGGUCAAAAUGACCCGAAGCCCUUAAAUUUCUUUUCUUUUUUUUUGUCCAGAAAGCUUAUUUUAUUUCAUUUUGAUAAUAUUUUGUCUAUGUUAUUAUGCAAUUUUUGGGGAAUUUUUAAAUUUUAUUUACCUUUAAAUUACUAGAUUUGAUCAAAAAUUUAUACCAGUUUUUUAAACAUUGUUUGAAGCUAAAUGUGACAAAAUGUUGCUGUUGUUUUCAACGUAAGCCGCUUUACAAACGGCGCCCCAUACAAUAGCAGCAUUGGUCAAAAAUGUUGGUGUGUAUGGAUGGCGGACGGAUGAUGAGUUUUGUGAUGUGGUUGCGGAUGAAAGAAUAGCCUAUCCGCGCAUCUCUAACAUGUAGACAUUAUAAAAUAAUUUUUUGGUAAAUUUUGAGCAUUUUUAGGUUUUUCUCUGUGUAUUGAAGCAUUCCUAACAUUCCAGUCAUUCCAAUGGGGUCAAAUGGACCUGCGAGGGAAGGAUUUGUUACUCGAAUCCAUAAAAAAAAAAAAUGGUGUGUAUUCGUGGUUCAAGUGCAACAAAAGCCGUGGGGUCAUGGACCUAUUUGAUGAACACAAAAAAAAAAGAAAGAAAGAAAAAUGUCCUUGUCAAAAUGACCCUUGUUAAAUAUAUAAUUACACUGUCUUAAAACAGUGACAAUGACACCUUAAAAAAGGUGUAACUUAUUAUACUUAUACCUAUAUAUGUAUGUAGUAAUUACAAUUAUUGGGUAAAAACUAGGUACACUAACCCUGAGACAAUCGCUAAACCCAAUCUUAACCCAUGUAGUUAGCUUAUAUUAUUCAGUGCUUUCUUGCUAAGUACACCGUAAGUAGUACACAUACUAUAAGUUAACUUAUGGUGUGCUCAUGAUGAAGUACAGCAGAACAGGUCAGAAGUGUGUGCAGGUCCUGAACUUCUCUUUUAUUAGCAGAGGCAGACACUUCGUUUCUUUGAAAUAACAUGCAAUGAUACAUAUUUCUCAAUAACACAAUGAAUGUGUAUGAAUGAAUGGUCAUUUUAAUUAGUUAAUUUUAAUUUUAUUCAGUUAGUUUUUUGUGCUAAAACACUAAAUUAGUAAUAUUGCAUAACUACGAGCAUGGACAGUGCAGAUGGGAUAAAUGAGGAACUGAUACAUGUAAUACUGAUACUUGGGACAGCCAUUCAGAAAUAUGUAAACGUUGACUGCUUUUUAUCAUAUAGAUACUACUGUGAUUAUUUGGAUAAGUGACUCUUCCCCAUAAAUAUAAUAAUAAUAAAGAGAGAGAUAAAAACUGAAGUCUGGUAGAGCUGUACGAUUCUGAACGGACAACUAAAAUCACUAGAGGUUCUGACAGUGUUGCUGUAGUCGAUUUAAAGGUGUUUAGUUAAAAAUGUCUAUUAAACAUUUAAUUUAGAUGAAUGAAUUAUUAUUUUCCUUUGUGUAGUGCCUGUAAAUUGUUCCUGUCUUAAGGAUUGUCCCACAGGUGAAUGUGCAAUUACUGAAGCAUGACGAACCUUUCCAAUAAAGAUCUGUAAAGCUUAUUGUAAUUUACUCAAUUGUCUUUGAAAUAAACUAUCCUGAGAAAGGGACCUAUC